AUGUCCACUUACAAUGCCUAUCGCCUGUAAGUUAGAUAAUUGCUGGGCGCCUCUCUUAUCCCAUUUAUUCCACACCUGAAUCCACAAAUGUACUCUUGCGGGAGGCUUAAAAUAAACCUCAAACAGACCUGCAUAAAGAGCUCUUGUCCUUCGUAUUAAUUUCAUUCGAGAAUAUACGAUAAUCUCGGGCGCAGCUCGCUGUCUCUGAAAAAGUUAUUACUCUUUUUCUAUCGAUUCUCUCUAACCUCAGGGUUUGGGAGGCUAUUUAUGGAGUUAAUGUAAUUUUCCAAGUUUCAAAAAGGCUUUGUCUUUGUUCCUCCCCAUUUUAUUUUAUUUUUGAUGUUUAUUUAUACUUUUUAGGCGAAAAAUCGAAGAAGUGGGCAAAAUGAAUGGUCUAUCACAGGACGAGAUUCUUCAGUCCACGAGAACGGUUUGUCAAGGGUUAGAAGCACUAAAGGAAGAACAUGAAACCGUUAAGAAUCAACUUCUCAACACAGCUGAAAGUUUGGAGCCUCAGGAAAGAAAUGUGGUGGAAGAAAAAGUUAAUCUUUUGACCAAGAACAUAGAAUCUGUCCAACUUGGAAUUGAGGAGGCUCACGUAAGUUACAUUGUGCUAUUUUUUUUAUUUUUAGGUGUCGUGUACGAAGCCAUAAAUUAUCUUAUUCUAGGUGAUGAUGGCAUUGGCGACUCAUCUCCAACACAUGGAAGCCGAAAAACAGAAAUUGAAAAGUCAAGUCAAGAGGUUAUGUCAAGAGAAUGCAUGGCUGCGAGAUGAAUUGAAUUCAGUCCAACAACAACAUCAGAUCUUGGGUCAACAAGUGGCACAACUAGAGGAAGAAAACAAACAUUUAGAGUUUAUGAAUUCGAUAAAGAAGUAUGAUGAGGAUCAAGUAAAUGAACCUCGAGAUCAGUCUGUUGAGCUUAAACAGGAGAACCAUCAAAGUACUCUCCAAGAGCUUGGAUUUGGACCUGAAGAUGAAGAUGAAAUGCAUGGAAACUCCAAUUUCGGUGUGAGCCAACCCACUCCUCCAAGUGUCAUGGCUGCUAGUGCUAGUGGUGGAUAUGAAAUUCCACAUCGGCUGAAGACCCUUCACAAUUUGGUAUGUUUUGAGUUGUUUUAUUUAAUUCGUUAAUGCAUUAAUAUUUUUUUGGAUUUCAGGUUAUUCAAUAUGCAUCCCAAGGGCGAUAUGAAGUUGCGGUCCCCUUGUGUAAACAAGCCCUUGAGGACUUGGAAAAGACCUCCGGGCAUGACCAUCCAGAUGUCGCUACGAUGUUGAAUAUCUUGGCUUUAGUCUACCGAGAUCAACAGAAUUAUAAACAAGCCGCGAGUCUUUUGAACGAAGCCUUGAACAUCCGAGAGAAAUGUCUGGGAGAAGAUCAUCCAGCAGUAGCCGCUACUCUUAACAAUCUGGCGGUUCUGCAUGGCAAAAGAGGGAAGUAUCGUGAAGCCGAACCUUUAUGCAAGAGGGCCCUGGAGAUCAGGGAGAAGGUGCUGGGGGCAGAUCAUCCUGAUGUCGCCAAACAACUUAACAACCUCGCCCUUUUAUGUCAAAAUCAAGGGAAAUAUCAAGAAGUGGAACAUCACUACAAACGAGCUUUAGAGAUCUACGAAUCCAAACUUGGAUUGGAUGAUAUUAAUGUGGCUAAGACCAAGAACAACUUGAGUUCGGCCUACUUGAAACAGAACAAGUAUAAGGUCAGUCUUUAAAGUUUAUUUGAUUUGCGAUAAUCCCAUUCCGAUUUAAAUGAGGAUUUCCAGGAGGCUGAGGAAUUAUACAAACAAAUUCUAUCGCGGGCCCAUGAAAAGGAAUUUGGACCCCCGACCCCCGAAAACAAAGUGAUCUGGCAAAUAGCCGAGGAGAGGGAGAAUAUGAAGGACUCAGAUCCCACCGAGAAUCUAGAUCAGAUCAAAUGGUUGAAGUGUGUUAAAGAGAAUCCUGCUGUUGCCGUGACAUUGAGGAAUCUGGGGUUAUUAUAUCGAAAACAAAAUAAAUACAACGCAGCUGCGGUCUUAGAAGACACGGCACUUCGAGCGAAAAGAGAGGUGAGCUAAUGCUGGGAAUAGCGAGUGUGAUGCACGGCCGUAGAUGUGGUAACAGCUGAAUGUGUAGUUAGUUCCCUUUUGCUUACUGUAAUUGCUUUUAGUUCGAUCCUCAAAGUGGUCCCCAGCCCUCCAUGAAUGAUGACAUCAUGACACAAUCCAUGAAUAAGAUGACCAUGAGCACGUCCCAAUCGAGUAGUGGCCUCAAGUCCCGAGUUAUGACUGCAUUAGGAUUUGAUAAGGACAAGAAUGGGCCUUGA